UAAUAUCACUUGAUAAAUAAACAUACGCGAAUUAUUAUCUAUAGGUAUCUAUAUAAGUGCAUGUUAUAGAAAUGGUGAACUAUAUUAAGAUUUGCGCUUUCGCAAUUUUCGUUGCUGUUGUAAAUGGAUUCCCACAAUAUCAUCCACAACAGUAUCAACAACAACAGUAUCAACCACAAUAUCAACCAGUGGCGGUAGCGUAUAAACAACCAGUGGCUGUAGCAUAUAAACAACCAGUUGCUGUAGCAUAUAAAAAACAACCAAUUGACGAUGGCCCUCAACAUGAUUACGCUUUUGAAUAUUCCGUAAAUAAUCCACAAAAACACGAUUAUCACGAUCGUAAAGAAGUGAAUGAAAAUGGUGUGAUUCGUGGGUAUUACAGUUUAAUUGAAGAUGAUGGUACACGACGUAUUGUACAUUAUACCGCUGAUAAAGUUAAUGGUUUCCAUGCAACAGUUGAAAAAGAAGGUGAACCAAUUCCUAAAGUAGCCGCACCAGUAGUAGUUAAGGCUGCAGCUCCAGCAUACGCAGCUGUUCCACAGUAUUAUCAACAUUAAUUAAAAAUAAUUUGUUUGUUUGUUGAACAUCAUUUUUUGUACGACAUUAUUAUUUAUUUGUCAUCUCAUUCUGUUUGUCAUUAA